AGAUCUUCCUCGAGAACGUCAUCCGCGACGCCGUCACCUACACCGAGCAUGCCCGCCGCAAGACCGUCACCGCCAUGGACGUCGUCUACGCCCUCAAGCGCCAGGGCCGUACCCUCUAUGGCUUUGGCGGCUGAGAUCCAUCCAUUCCGUGGUUAUUUUUUAGAACUCUUUUAGGGUUUUGGGCUCUUCUUAUGUGAGUGAGAUGCGGCAAGUUAUUGCUCUGAAUCUGGAAUGGAAAUAUUAAGUUCGAUUUCAUCUUAUUAUGAAAUGUAGAAGAAGAAAAAGAAGAAAAAAAAAAUCGAAUCUUGCCAUCCAGUGAUGUGAUUAUUUGUCGAUGCUCGUCAGUUUAUUAUAUAUGGUUAUGUUUCAAUUCAA